CACAAAACACAUCACCGCAUCUUUUUCCUUCCGAGCCGUACGCAGCUCCAGAGAGAUCAUCACCGACCCCAGCCAACCGCCGCGAGGCGCGCAGAUCAUGAAGCACCCGAGGACGGAGCAGGAGGCGGCGGGCGAGGUGGUGUCGCUGGCGCUGUCGCUGAGCACGGACUCGUCCACGACGUCCGACUCCACGGGGACCCCGUCGUCGGCGGGGGCGAAGCGGGCGCGGCGGAGGGGCGCCGUGGUGGCCACGUCGGGGGAGGGGGAGUUCGUCUGCAAGACCUGCAGCCGCGCCUUCACCUCGUUCCAGGCGCUCGGCGGCCACCGGACCAGCCACCUGCGGGGCCGCCACGGCCUCGAGCUCGGCGUCGGCGCCCGGGCGCUCAAGCAGCACAAGCAACAGGCCGCCGCCGCCGAAGCCAGCGGCAGAGGAGGAGACAACAAGCCGCCGCAGCAGCAGCAGCAGCAGCACGAGUGCCACAUCUGCGGGCUCGGCUUCGAGAUGGGGCAGGCGCUGGGCGGUCACAUGAGGAGGCACCGCGAGGAGAUGGGCGCCGCCGAGGCCGCCGACGCCUGGGUCUGGCGCACCGAGGCUCCGCGCACCGCUGCCGCCGCCGAUCCGCCCGUCUUGCUCGAGCUCUUCGCCUAGAUCGAUCCGGCCGGCUGAUUUCUCCAUGUUUGGGGGGCUAACUCAUCAUCAGCGUCAUUAGUAGAAUCCAAAGAGACAUGUAAAUCAUAUUAGGUUGCUAGCUUAGCUGCAGCUGUGGUUGCUUCUGUAAUUACGCUAGCCAGUAGUUUUUGUGUUGGAUUAGCAGUUCCAUUUUCGUUCGGAUGCCAGAAAACUGAUUCAUACAUAUUCGAUGAUUCUUUGGUUCAGACGAUGUGUGUCCGGUUAUUGCAUUCGUCAGAAA